GACUCAAACACUAGCACGAACCAAGCUGAUGCAAGUUGAAUGAGUGAGCUGUCAGCUGUGUGGACAACAUUAUACGUGAGAUGACAGACAGCCAAGGAAACGUGGAAGGAGCCAAGACCCCGAUGGAGCUUUACAAGAGACUGAAUGAACAAGGAGACAAAGUCAGGUGCUUGAAAACAGCUAAAGCAGACAAGGCUGACCUUGAGGCUGCUGUCCAGCUGCUGUUAAAGUUGAAAACAGACUACAAACAGAUGACGGGUCAGGAUUAUAAAGCAGGAUGUCCGCCACCAGAAAACAUGGUCGUAUCUAAUAAUGAGCCGGCAACAGAUGGUGCAGACGACGAGGACACAGUUGACCCGUGGAACGUUUCAACCACCAACGCCAAGGGAGUCGAUUAUGACAAACUCAUAGUGAGGUUUGGCAGCAGUAAGAUUGAAAAAGAGCUGGUGGAUAGAAUAGAAAAGGUCUCCGGACAGAAACCUCAUCGCUUUCUACGAAGAGGAAUUUUCUUCUCACACAGAGAUAUGCAUCAGGUGCUUGAUGCUUAUGAGAAGGGCAAGUCUUUCUACCUUUACACCGGCAGGGGUCCUUCCUCAGAGGCCAUGCACGUUGGUCACCUCAUCCCCUUCAUCUUCACAAAAUGGCUUCAAGAUGUAUUUGAUAUCCCCUUGGUGAUCCAGUUGACGGAUGAUGAGAAGUAUCUGUGGAAGGAUCUAACAUUAGAAGAAUGCCGCCGUUUUGCCGUAGAAAAUGCCAGGGAUAUUGUUGCCUGCGGCUUUGACAUCAAUAAGACAUUCAUCUUCUCAGAUCUCGACUAUAUGGGUUCAUCCUCUGAGUUCUACAGGAAUGUGGUGAAGGUCCAGAAACAUGUGACAUUUAAUCAGGUUAAAGGCAUCUUUGGCUUUACAGACAGUGACUGCAUAGGAAAGAUCAGCUUCCCAGCCAUCCAGGCAGCUCCAUCCUUCAGCAACUCUUUCCCUCAGAUUUUUGGAGGCAGAAAGGACGUACAGUGCCUCAUCCCUUGUGCCAUAGACCAGGACCCGUACUUCAGGAUGACACGUGAUGUUGCUCCAAGGAUCGGCCAUCUGAAACCAGCCCUGUUGCACUCCACCUUCUUCCCUGCCCUGCAGGGCGCGCAGACAAAGAUGAGCGCCAGCGACAUGAACUCCUCCAUCUUCCUCACUGACACGCCGAAGCAGAUCAAAAACAAGAUCAACAAGCAUGCAUUUUCGGGAGGAAAGGACACGGUGGAGGAGCACAGGAAGUACGGUGGCAACCCAGAUGUAGACGUCUCAUUCAUGUAUUUGACUUUCUUCCUUGAGGAUGAUGAACAGCUGGAGAAAAUCAGACAGGACUACACAAGUGGAGCUCUCCUAACAGGAGAGCUUAAGAAGAUCUUGAUUGAAACUCUGCAGCCGAUGAUCGCCCAGCACCAGGAGAGACGCAGACAAGUCACAGAUGAGAUAGUGAGGCAGUUCAUGACACCCAGGCCUUUAAAUUUUAGCUUGUAGCUCAGCGGAGC